AUGAAACGAGCCUACUCAGCUUUGGUAGAAUACAUGCGAUAUCAUCUCGACAAUACUUACGCUAUACUUACUGCUUUAAGGAUUUUAGAUCUUCCAAUUGAUAGGAAUACAUUACCUCAUGAAAGACCGAACCAGACACUUGGGGCUUCAUAUCCCAUAGAAUCACAACCUACUCGUCCGAGCCCAUUACCAAUACCCUGCCACCAUCAUCAACUUAACCAGAUGCAAAGAAGACGAGUCGGAGACAAUCUCAAUGAACCACUUGGCAUAAUCAGAUUCACAAACAGAUCAAUUGUGACAGUCUUCAACAGGCCUAUCCUCUUGGUAGGUGCGAGUGUAUCUGAUGGUUGUUACUAUCAUUCAAAAUAUCAAGCCACUAAGCGUGACUUUAUCCAUCCAGGUCUUACAAUGUCGAAACAUUUUGGAAGAACAGGCUGGCUUAAGCUAUGUCUACCUCAUGAACGUCAACUCCCUCUUAUCAGAUCUGCUGUAGGAAGAUCAGUUUGGUCUGCGAGGAUAUUGAACAUACUUCUGAAUACAUUCCAGCUGUCAGGGGAGCUAAUUUAUUGUCAAACAUCACAUCCAAACUACAUUCAUUAUCAUGGAAUUUCAAUCGGUCAAAACAUAAUCCACCCGCUCAAAUUGCUACAAUCUCAACAACACCUGUGGAUUGCUCAUAUCACUUUUAAGGAUCACCAUUCAACAUACAAAAGACACCAAUCACCAUCAAUUGAUUAG